CUAGCUAGCGGAACAAAAGCCGUCUGCGCGCUCCGCUCCUCCCCGCCGGAUGCGACCGAGAAAACGCAGACUCGUGUAUUUUUAGCGUUAAAACUGGAUUUAUAUGAAUCCACAGCCUGAUACAGACACGUACACAGUGUGAAAGUGUAAAUCUUGGCACUCGCGGCGAGUGUUUUUGUCUGCACUGAAGCUCCGAGGGAUUCUCGCGAGAGAGUUUGAGGCCUAAUAAAAGUCGUCCUUGUGGAUCCUCCUUCAGUCUUGCAGUGAUCCGGAAGAGGCAGCAAUGCAUGGAGGUGCCGCCAACUCCGCUCUGGACGACUUCUCACACAUGGGCCCGUGUCGCCUCUCCUGAUUGGCUGCCGCUCUCCGGUCUGUCCCGCUCAUGAGGUAACCCCGGCUGUCGUUGUUGAUGCCCGUGGCUGGGCCGUGAUGGGGCAGAGGGUGUCGGGUGUGGUGAAAUCGGCGGAUGAGCCGGAGACGGGUGAGCUGGCCUAUCCGCCGGUGUGCGCGUCGCUCCGUAGCCGCGGCGUCCCGUUACCCGCCCGUCUGGAGCUGCUGUUGGAUAUGCCGCCGGCGGGACCGGAAAUCCAGCUUCAGCAUGCCUGGAACCCGGACGACCGCUCGCUCAACCUCUUUAUCAAAGACGAUGACCGGCUCACUUUCCACCGCCACCCGGUGGCCCAAAGCACGGAUUGUGUGCGGGGAAAAGUCGGAUUUACCCGAGGUUUGCACGCGUGGACUUUGCGCUGGCCCGUACGGCAGCGCGGCACACAUGCCGUAGUCGGGGUCGCGACUUCUUUGGCUUCCUUGCGAGCCGUCGGAUAUUCCGCCCUGGUUGGCAGCGACGCUGAAUCCUGGGGUUGGGACUUGGGACGAAGUCGGCUUUACCACGACAGGAAGACCCGGACUGGCCCGGCGCCGUCGUACCCGGAGUUUAUCGAGGACGAGGAGGACGAAGGGACGUUCUCGGUGCCUGAAGAGAUUCUGGUGGUUCUGGACAUGGACGAAGGAACGCUGGGAUUCUGCGCUGACGGGAACUACCUGGGCGUAGCGUUUCGUGGGCUGAAGGGGAAAAGGCUGUACCCGAUCGUCAGCGCCGUGUGGGGUCACUGCGAGGUCACCAUGACCUACGUCAACGGAUUAGACCCUGAACCCCUGCCGCUGAUGGAGCUGUGCAGGAGGGCGGCACGACAGGCUCUAGGACGCCACCGAAUCCAUCACAUCCAGUCUCUGCCGCUGCCACAGACGCUCAAGAACUACCUGCAGUACCAAUGAGAGACACGAACACACACAGCCAAAAAAAAAUCACCUGCGUUCACUGAAAAGGCUUUUAGAAAUGAUCUGCAGUGCUGUAGAAGCUUUGUGCUGUGCACAGACUUUAAUCGAGUGUUGCAGAGACAGACUCUGCAGAUUCAACCAGCCGGACGAUGAGUAUCUUGUUUUGUUCAUGAUUGAGGUUGCUAA